GUCUUUUUAACACCACGCAGGCUUCGUCAACUUCAUACUAACCCCCUCAACCCACACAGCUCGUUCAAAAUGAGUCACCGCAAGUACGAGGCUCCUCGCCACGGCUCCCUGGCUUACCUGCCGCGAAAGCGCGCUGCCCGCCACCGUGGAAAGGUCAAGUCGUUCCCCAAGGAUGACGCCAAGAAGCCCGUCCACCUGACCGCCGCCAUGGGCUACAAGGCCGGCAUGACCACCAUCGUUCGUGACCUCGACCGACCCGGCGCGAAGGCGAACAAGAAGGAAGUUGUGGAGGCGGUUUCUAUCGUCGAUACCCCACCUAUGAUCGUUGUUGGUCUUGUGGGCUACAUCGAGACUCCCCGUGGUCUCCGAUCCCUCACCACCGUGUGGGCCGAGCACUUGGGCGACGAGCUCAAGCGUCGGUUCUACAAGAACUGGUACAAGUCCAAGAAGAAGGCCUUCACCAAGUACGCCAAGAAGCACUCCGAGAACAGCGGCGCUUCCAUCACCCGCGAGCUCGAGCGCAUCAAGAAGUACUGCACCGUCGUCCGUGUCCUCGCCCACACCCAGAUCCGCAAGACUCCCCUCAAGCAGAAGAAGGCCCACCUUAUGGAGAUCCAGGUCAACGGUGGCUCCAUCGCCGACAAGGUCGCCUUCGGCCAGGAGCUUUUCGAGAAGCCCGUGUCCAUCGACUCCAUCUUCGAGCAGGACGAGAUGAUUGAUGUCAUCGCCGUCACCAAGGGUCACGGUUUCUCCGGUGUCACCUCCCGAUGGGGCACCAAGAAGCUUCCUCGCAAGACUCACAAGGGUCUCCGAAAGGUCGCUUGUAUCGGUGCUUGGCAUCCUUCCCACGUCCAGUGGACCGUCGCCCGCGCCGGUCAGGACGGAUACCACCACCGAACCUCGGUCAACCACAAGAUCUACCGAAUUGGUAAGGGCGAUGCUGAGGACAGCGCCGCCACCGAGAUCGAUGUCACCAAGAAGAAGAUCACUCCUCUGGGUGGCUUCGUCCGCUAUGGUGAGGUCAACAACGACUUCGUCAUGGUCAAGGGUUCCAUUCCCGGUACCAAGAAGCGUGUCAUGACUCUCCGCAAGUCCAUGUUCGUGCACACCUCCCGAAGGGCCCUGGAGAAGGUCAGCCUCAAGUGGAUCGACACCUCGUCCGAGUUCGGACACGGUGCUUUCCAGACCCCUGCCGAGAAGAAGCAGUACCAGGGUACCCUCAAGAAGGAUCUUGCCUCCGCUUAAAGCGGCAGCUAAUUUCCUUUCUUUGUCAUGUCCAUUGCAUCGGUGUCGAGGGUUGGUUCGUUCACCUUAUGUUUGGGCUGGGUUAGGUUUCAUACUGGCAUGAACGUAAAAAAUCCAGCUAGAGGGAUGGAUCAAAAAUUCUAACGAGAUUCCCAAUGUUAAUUUGACUCCACCUGUUCGUUUGGUGAAUGCCCUGUGUAUCAUGUUGCACCGUGAAGGAAAUGUCUGCCUCCACAGUGUUGAGUUGAUGCAGUGAUGCUCGGGUACUUAUUGAUUUAUUUUUGGAGGCUGGGUCAUCGUUCCGUCUGUGGGAGUAAGAGGGAUUUGAUUGGCAUGGUCAUAGAAAAAAGAUGCUCAUUUUCCUUG